UGUUUCCACCGGAAUCGAACGAUGUGCUGACCGCGUCUGCUCACGGACUCGUACCUGCACAGAGAAAGUGUUCAGAUCACAGGUUCACACACUGCGAUCGUCCACAGCCGAAAACACACACAGACAUGCAGAGAGUUGUUGUUGUGACCGGAGCCAACAGUGGCAUCGGCCUGGCGUUGUGCGAGAGGCUGCUGACUGAGGACUGUCAGCUCCGUCUGUGUCUGGCGUGCAGAAACAUGCAGCGGGCCGAGGCCGCACGCGACACGCUGCUGACGUCUCACGCCGAUGCAAGCGUGGACCUGCUGCACCUGGACGUGGGCUCUGUGGAGUCUGUCCUCGCUGCCGCUCAGGAGGUCAAGGCCAGGUACAACAGAAUAGACUUUCUGUACCUAAAUGCAGGAAUUAUGCCCAAUCCACAAGUGGAUGUCAAAGCCUUUUUCAAGGGUCUGUUCUCCACGAAUGUCGUCAACAUGUUUGCAACAGCGGAGGGUCUCUUAACUCAGCAGGAUCGUGUCAACUCAGAUGGAAUGCAGGAAGUUUUUGCCACCAACCUCUUUGGUCAUUUUCUUCUGAUCAGGGAGCUGGAGCCUCUGCUGUGUCAGGCAGGACACACGUCCAGAGUAGUGUGGACCUCCUCCAGUAACGCCCGCCGCUCUGCCUUCGUCAUUGAGGACAUGCAGCACAGAAAUGGGACGGAGCCCUACAGCUCCUCUAAGUACGCUUCAGACCUGCUCAGCUUGGCGCUCAGCAAACACAAGAACAGCCAGGGGCUGUACUCCUCUGUGAUAUGUCCAGGACUGGUGAUGACUAAUCUGACCUACGGUAUCCUGCCCUCGUUCUUCUGGACUCUCAUCAUGCCCAUCAUGUGGCUGAUCAGGAUCUUCACCAACACUUUCACACUCACACCCUGCAAUGGAGCAGAGGCACUGCACUGGCUGUUUCUUCAAAAGCCAGAGUCUCUGGAUCCAAGAGCAAAAUAUCACAGUUUAACAUCAGGGCUUGGAAGAAACUACACUCAACCUCGACAGAUGGACAUCGAUGAUGAGAUGUCCGAGGUCCUCUAUUCAAAACUUCUUGAAUUGGAAAUAGAAGUUAGAAGGAAACUCAGUGAGAAAAGCACUGAUGGCAAAAUCUAACUGUACUUCAAUGAGGUAGAGUGAAUAAAAGCGCUCUUAUUCAUUA